UGGGUCUGAAAAUUGUAUCUCUUCGUAAGAACUGACUUUUCAUUUAUUUGUAACUCAACAAUGUAUUCAAACUUUACAGAACUUUUAUCUAGGUAUCUUGGACGUGAGGUGGCGUAAGUUGCUGCCAACAAACAAACUGAGCGCCUACACGUAGUGAUAGCUAGUGAGAAAUUUGAUGCUCUAAACAAAUUGAGUAUAAAUUAUUAAGCGGUCUUGAAGUUCACCAAAAUCACAGUCCUAUCGUUCGAUGCUUCAAUUUUCCUAAUGAUACGGAUGUUAAAAUGUCUCUGAGACCAGACAACCACUCAACUGGUAGUGCGAAUCCAGACUCUAAGCCAAAUUUGGAAAUAUAUGUGACAGAACUUCAAAGGAGAACAUUUGACAUUCAUGCUGGAUUCCUUUUUUGGAGGAAUGGGGUUGAUGUCUUGAAAAACUUAUGUGGAAUUGUAGACUCUGAUGGAGAUAUACGUCCUCCCUUGUGGAAGAUGCUUGCCUUUCAUCUAGGUCUCACUGAACAUCAAAUAGGAUGCAUCGACUGUCAAUUUCGAGAAAAACAAGGUCCAACCUGGUGUGUUAUACUUGCUUUUGUGCAAAACAAUGAUGCUACCCUCAUGAAACUUAUAGAUGCCAUAGUCAAGAACAAAAGAUUACCAAUCAUAUUCGAGAUAUAUGAGGAUAUAUGCACACUUGUCGACUGCAUUCGUAGCUCUACAGAUUUAAUCAAGGAUAGCAAUUCAAACAUCAUUAGGCCCAAAUCAAUGCCAAAUGCACCUUUUGUUUUGAGGCCAUUGAAGUCAUGCAAUAAGAUUGUGGAUGAUCCAAUCAAAGAUGAUACUGGGAAAAUCAACAGUGUAAAACCCCAUCUUGCAGUACUGUUGACAUUUGCUGACGAUGGAGCUCAAGCAGCACAUCGCAUCGCGCAGGUAUUCAGAUCCCAUGGUAUAGGGGUCUUGAUCUUGGAAGAACAGAGGCACCGUGGUUGUUAUAAUGAAUUAGAUCUUGUAGAAAGUGGCAUGCGGCAGGUAGAUUACAUAAUUCCAAUUUUGACUAAAGGUUACCACAAUGCAAUCGCGAAUAAGCCUAUAGAUGAUGAAAACCCAUUCAACGAGCUUGACCAAGCAUACCUAAGACACAUUUAUCAGACAUUUUCAAACGAAAUUAUAAGUACAAACCGGAACAAACGUGUAAAAUGCAUUGGUCCACAAGGAGAGCCAAGGAUAAAAUUUACAUCUCCUUCUUUAUCCACAUGGGAUCCAGAAGAGAAACUACCGGAAGUUAUUAAUCGAUUACUGGAAGGAUAAUAAAUAUGAGCAGUGGCAAUUCAGUGUUGAAAAAUAUCAUCAAGUAGAAGUUUUAGCAACAUCAUUCACACUGCAAAGACCUCUGUUUUAACUAUUCGAGUGGUAUGCUGGAAAUCAUACUUCUACUAUUUAUUAAGUGAUGCAUUAAUAUAGGCAUAAUAAUUCCUAUAUCAUUGCGUCUCGAAACACAAAUCAAAGCUUGUCAGAGUGUAGAAAGUAUUUUAUUCAAUUCUACAAUGUCGUUAUAAAAUUAGAUUAUAUAUUUCAUUUUGUGACUGAAGUAUUUCAGUGGAUAAACGGUUACAACACAAAACAAAUGUGUGUACACACAUCCAUCAAUUGAUAGGAUAGAUGAUUUUAUAGAUGACAUUUUCUUUCCCUGUCAAAAAUUCAUGCUCAGAUAAAAUGUCAAUAAUCAGCCCAAUCAAAAACUAAUUCUAGCUCACUAUUCACCUCAAACUCGUAAGUAAGAGUGAGUGUAAGUACUCGGAAAAUCUCAAAUUGCUCGAAACACCUUCUCUGUCAAUUGGACUUCACUUCUAAGACAAAAAUUAUUUACCUGUAAUAAUUUGAUAGUCUAUCAGCUUCACGAAAUCCAGUUUCAAUUGCCCCGUGAACAGUAGAGUAAUAAUGUUCAUGAGUUGCUUCACCUCCAAACAGUAUGACCUGCACAAGAAUGAUGGAUAUUAUUUUUUUAAACCCUGAGCUAUAUUCUUAUCUAGUUAUAAAUUUUUUUUUCGAAAUCUACGAACGGGCUUGUCAUUUGACCCUGUGAUGGGCUCUGCGAGAUUUUUGGCCCAAACGUUCAGCCUAUCAGAUUCUAAACUGCGAAAGCUAUAGCAUCCUCUGAAGUGUUUAUUUUUAUGCCAGCUGGAUCUGCGAAUGAAUUGUAACAAUAUUGAAGCCAAUUCAACAUAACUGUAAUCAUAGGUCACUAUCAACAUACCGCAUCAUGUUUAAAGGUCUUGGAACAUUGUAGGUCCCACUAAGAAACUUUUGCAAUAUUUUAUAGAAUCCCUCUACUACUACUGCAUCUGGCAAGUUUUCCAUAUAUCUAGCAGUCGGGCCUGUAAGCCACCCACUCAGGACCCGAGGUUGAUGGUCGACUGUGGAGAUGUGGAAAAAUUCUGUCAACCAUUUGUUUUCCUAAAAGAGAAUGAUAAAGAUUCUGUCAUUAUGGUUCAAGAAUUAAACUAGGUAGAAUGAUUAUAUUGUCUAAUUUUCAACUGGCACAUUAUCUGAGACCCAUGAAUGUUCUGAUUUUAGAUUUGCAAAACUAUUCGAAUUACUUGUCCAAAAGAUUGAAGAAAUUCAUUCUUAUCCUCCUGUGACCAAAUCAGAUUAAACCCUGCCGUUCCAUCUGGCCACCAUGUGUAUGGAAAUUCAAGAAAGAUUUUGUCCACUGUUCCUAUGUUCAAACCCUGAAACAUUUAGAAUCAGCACUUUGAACAGAAAUAUUCUACCAAUCCAUGUGUUAUUGACAUUGACUGUACAAUGUUAACACUAAAAUGAGGUAUACCUGUAUGGUGGAUUGUUUUAUUUCUGGUAAUGGUGGUGUGAACAGCGUUUUAUGUUGUGCCUUUAGUACACCAAGAGAUGCUGUACAUAUGACAUGGUCAGCAACAUAGUGCGAAUUAUCUUCAGUUUUAACGAUAAUUUCAUUCAUGCUGUUAUAGUCGAUGUUCGAAACCACUUUGUUAAACUGUAUUUUUUCCCGUACCGGAAGUGCCUUAGACGUUCCUGCAUAUCUACACUGUAAAUGUAUAAAAUGACAGAUUUUACUUCUUCUAGAAUAACCAAUCAAAGUUACUCAUUACUAUAUUUCACUGUGGUCACCAUCAGUAAGUCAAACAGAGUUUUGUAUCCUUUGCCUUUCCAAUUGAGCAAGGGGUCUCCUGGGCAUGUAUGAUACUCAGUAAGUCCCUGUGCAGAAGUAUCAUACCAAGAGUCGCUACAUUCUAUAAUAUUUUCAUACCUAUGUAUCCACUCUAAAAAUUGGCUAGCUCGUAUAGGAUCUGUGAUAGGAUUUUCUCCAAGUGCGCCAUGGUAUCUGAAGGCAUUGAUAAUAAAAUGUUAAAUGAAUCACUUAGGAUCGAAGAACAUGUAACAAAUUGGUAAAAUGGAAGUGUCAUCAACAAUGGGCCAUACCGCUUGUACAAUUUAUACGUGCAUUAAUGAUUAGAUUAGUUAUUCAUAAGCACUGUAAUCUAAUGUAAUAACAUAUUCUGUGAUAUCAGA